AUGUUGUCAUCUGGGGCCCGCAGAAGGCUAUCGAAGGAAGAGGAUAUGCUAAAAGACUCUACAGGAGAUGAAAGAAAGCUCUUCAGAGCAUGUCCUAGAGGGCCUAGGGAAAACAGAAACUACAAGGUUUGGGAUAUCUACUUCACCCUCGGUGGAGAUUCCUUAUAUGCAGGGAGGAUACUGAAGGCUGUCAUGGAAUUUCCAGACUGCUAUCCCCUUCAGCCUCCAACGCUUAAGUUUGUUUCGAAGAUGUUUCAUCCAAACAUCUAUGAGGAUGGAAGAAUGUGCAUAUCAAUUCUCGAAGAAGACAUUCUCGAUCCAACCGGGUAUGGAGACUCGAAAGACAAAUGGGCACCUGUCCAAAACAUCAGAACGAUUCUUCUUUCUGUGAUUGUGAUCCUCAAUGCCCCCAACACAUCGUCUCCAGCAAAUGUAGAUGCUUCUGUCAUGCACAGGGACAACCCUGAAGAAUAUUCCAAGGAGGUUAUUAAAAUAGCUAGGGAAGAAGAUGAGAAGCUCAGGAGCUCAGACCCUCAGGCCAGGGAAAUAGCAUUGGAAAUGGAGUCCGAAGACUAG